AAAAUGAAGGAGGAUGGCUUGUCCUUGAAGGACAAUCCAUAAAAAAUGUUUUUUUUUUGAUGUAUUCAUUGUUCAUGUGCCGUGCGACAUAUCAUCCUUAGCUGCUAUUGUUUGUUGUGUUGUUCGGUAUCACUUUCCCACUUUCCACCAUUCAUAGCUACUUCCAUUCACAAUACAAUGAUUCUAUGACCUCAAAAAUUCUAAGCCAAACCAAUGAAUACUUUCUCUCCUUCCUCCACAAUUUUACCUUUCCCUUCACUUUCCAAAAACUCCAUUUUCUUUGUCCCUUUUAAAGGUAAAACCAACCAAUUUUCUUUUUCCAAGUCAAGGAUAAUUGCUUGCUCUUCUCCACAGGAUGCAAGCUCCAAUGAAAUCACACCAAACAACUUUUGCAUCAUUGAAGGGCCAGAGACGGUUCAGGAUUUUGUUCAGAUGCAGGUGCAGGAAAUUCAAGAUAAUAUAAAGAGUAGACGCAACAAAAUCUUUCUUCUAAUGGAAGAGGUAAGGAGAUUGCGUGUGCAGCAGCGGCUAAGAAGUAUACAAAGAGCUUUCAGUGAAGAGGGAGAGGAAGAUGCAAAUGAGAUGCCAGAAAUUCCAUCAUCUAUUCCUUUUCUUCCUCAUGUGACGCCCAACACUUUGAAGAAGCUUUAUCUAACAGGAGCAUCAUUCAUAUCUGCAAUAAUUGUAUUUGGCGGGCUUAUUGCACCAACGCUGGAGCUGAAAUUGGGUAUAGGUGGCACGUCAUAUGAGGAUUUCAUAAGAAGCUUGCAUUUGCCUUUGCAACUAAGUCAAGUUGACCCGAUUGUGGCAUCCUUUUCGGGUGGAGCAGUUGGUGUCAUUUCAGUACUGAUGUUAAUUGAGGCUAAUAAUGUUGAGCAACAAGAGAAAACAAGGUGCAAGUAUUGCCUUGGAACUGGUUACUUGGCUUGCGCUCGGUGUUCCUCAAGUGGUGUAUGUUUGAACAUUAACCCGAUUUCGGCAUCUGGUACUUCUGUUAGACCCCUGCAAGUUCCUACAACGACAAGGUGUCCAAAUUGCUCUGGUGCUGGAAAGGUUAUGUGUCCAACCUGCCUUUGCACCGGGAUGAAGAUGGCAAGCGAGCAUGACCUGAGAAUUGAUCCAUUUGACUAAUUCUUUACAUGUUUAGAAUUUGAAAGACUUGCAUUUUGUUGCUCUAAAAUGUAUUUAAAAAAGUCCACCUCAAAAUUUAGUAUUAAUUUAUUUUUAAACAAAAUAAAAAUGAAUUAGGAAUUAGGCUAAAAAGCUUGUAACAUUUCUAUUCUGCCAGAAUUCUUGGUCCUAAUUCCAUAUUGACACCGAAUAUAAUGUUAUACUUUUAAUUCA